AGUCAAGGUUGAAACUCUCAAGGCCUGACUCAAAAUUUUUCCUGACACUUAUCGUGUCAGCUGUGACUCAGUAGGUAACGCUCUCACCUCUGAUUUGUGGCUUCAAGUCCUGCUCCAGAAGCUUGAGCACAAAUCUAGACUAACACUCCCAGUGCAGUGCUCCCUCAGCACUGUGCUGUCUUUCAGAUGGCCCUAUGUGUCCUUGCAGGUGGGUGCAAAGAUUUCCCUGGCACUACUUUGAAGAAGAGAGGGAGGGGAGAUCUGCUUGAUGUCCUGGACAAUAUCAAUCCCUAAACCAACAUCACUGUUGCAGGCUGUCACGCUGGAAUUGGAGAAAUCUGUCCACCAGGUCAUUACUGCCCUGUAGGUCCAGCACUGCCCAUAUGUUAUCCUGCAGGAAGCAACCAAGAUGCAAGUGGGCAAAAACACGGCCAGCCUUGUGAACCUGGCUAUUACUGCUAUACUGAUUCUCUAACGUGCGUCAUGCAUUUCUGCCCUGAAGAAACCUGUCCUCCUGACACCUUUGGCAACACAUCAGGUUACUACUGCACCGCAUCCAUGCCUCGUUUACCCUGUCCUGCUGGUUAUUACUGCCCAGAGGGGUCAGGGGCCCCAGUUGAGUGCCCAGUUGGCCAUUAUUGUCCUCAGGACAUUGUUGUCAGUCGUGAAGGCUCCAGAUGGGUCAUUGGUGCUAUUAAGCCAGUGAAAUGUCCACUGGGAUACAGGGAGUACGUUGGAUCCAACAGAAGCACCUUCAACAGCACUUGUGAGCCAUGCCCUGCUGGUUACUAUGGGAACCACACUGAUCGCCAGGUCUGUCUAGAAUGCCAGGCAGGGGUAGUCUGUCUUCAAGGAGCCACGACCACUGACCCACCAUCUGACGUCGCUGACCAAGGGAUUGCAGCAAUCAGAUCUUACGUCUGUCCAAAAGGUCACUACUGCCUUAAAGCGAGCCCCAAGCCAAUCCCUUGUCUGAAAGGUACUUACAAUCCAAGUGAAAGGGCAGUGAGUGCUGACAACUGCCUGAAAUGUCCCACAAACUACUUCGACCAUUUAACAGGACAGAUAGCCUGCUUCUCCUGCGGUCCCCAGGCUGUGCAGCCUGAAGAAGGACAGGAUAUCUGCAUUUGCCUUCAGAAUGGGGAGAUCUUCCAGCCCAGUGAUUCUCAUUGUACAUGUGCUUUGAGACAUCGAGUGGUAUCUAAAGGAACAAGAGCGUGUGUCAGACAACAGUAUGAUAUCUGCCGAGAGGGGACCAGCAGAAAUCAGGAUGGAACCUGUCUUGCCAUUGAUGAGUGGAAGGAAUAUUGUUCUCUGAAGGUUUGCGCUUCCCCCGUGGAUUACCAGGGUUUUGACGAAGUUCUUGGCCUUUGCCUUUGUCGGACAGAAAGUUUGGACUCUGUGUGCAAUCGGAAGUGCAGAUGGUUACAGUGGAGCAGGCUGCAGAUAGCCCACAAAGGAGGAGCACACUUUCGCAUUACUGACAGAAAUGGCUUGAAGGUUGAUGUGCCUUUGAGCCAUGUUGGAAGAGUUCUGAACAGCAGAAAUGCUAUUGAGGAAAGCCAGAGCCCCCCACAAUAUGGCUUCACUCAGCCAGUGCAUUUAGUGGAAACAUCUGAAAAAGGUUUCCUAGGAGUAUAUGAUCCAGAUCCCAAGAAGUUAAAGAGCUUGCUGGAAAUGAACUUGGAUCAGCAUCCAUUGUUAAAUGAGUCUCCAGACAACGUGACCUUGCCUGUGAAAUCUCUAAGUUCUGAUGAUCUUGAAGCUCAUUGGUCAAGAAUCCGCCAGUUUGCUGAUUCUUCUAUAAAUGGCACCUCGUUUUCAGGGAUCUUCAACCCCACCACCUGCAUCAACAUUGGGAGCAUCAUCAUAUUUAUUGUGUCCAGUGGAGAUUAUCCAGUGUAUGAUAUUGAAAAUCUUUACAACACUAACAAUGAGUUUGACUGGGGAGCGUUCCGUGGCCUUGCUGAGGAGAUAGGACUCAACUCGAGCACAUCCUGGCUGUUCUCAUAUCGCUUCAGUCAACCUGGGGUACACGUCUUCCAACUGAACAGCAAUCCCAACAAGAAGAUGUAUAUCCAAGUGAUGCCCGUCGGGGGUCAGUGCUAUGAGGAGGGUCCCUUCUUCCCCACCACACCCAGAAACGUUAUCCGUACGGGUAUCGGCAGGGCCCAAGAUUUGUGGCUCAAACCAGACUGGCUCCUCAUUUCCAGCUUGCUGAUAACAUCAGUAAUAGUGGCCGGUGUCUGCGCAGGAUUGCUGCUUCUCUUUAGAAACUGCAAUUGGCCUGAGAAAGCACCUAUUGCUCCAAUUUACCGGACUCUACACAAGGCCUACAACUUUGAUGAUUACUCGUCUAAAGGAGCUGCUGUCAUUGCUGUAAAAAAAUUCCAUCGGAGCCUGCGCUUCAAGGAACAGACUGAGGAAAAUGAAGAGGAUGGAGAAGGCGGAGAAGAUUCUAUCCUGAAAAAUGAUGAAUUUUGGGAUUAUGAGCAACAAAUUGAUCUGGAAUUCUUUAACACGAACACAUUCUAUCAAAUAUUGUUGAAGCAGUCACUUGCUGUGUCAGUCAGAUUAAGUCAACAUAAGAACGAGGUGAAGAUAUUGUAUCAAAAAAUAGCUAAGGAGACAGAUUCACUCAGGGAACUUUGGAUGGAGAGAAUGAACUUUGCUGGAAGGCGUUUGGUUAUCAACAAGAAAGACAUGGAAAUCUAUGAAAAAAUGUGCCAUAAGAUAAGGUUAGAGAUUGAGAGGCGAAAGCAUAUUGGGGUAGAGCUUGAAGAGAUUCUCAACAAACAGCAGCAACUACUCCACAGUGACUGGAGCUUCCGAGAAGAACAUCAAAUCACCUUCAACACAGCCCUGAGAGAGGCUGUCCGGUUACUGGAGCAAUACAUCGACAACAAUGAGGAUGAAAAGACACUGCUGAGCACCAGAGACCAUCAGCGGUAGUUAUCUUGUACCACUGUAAAAGAAAAGAGCCGGAGGGGUGGUUGGGUUAAAAGCAUUUAUUGUAAUUUUCUUUUUUAAGUACACCAUAUGUCAACGUUUUAAUCUAUGAUAAUUCAACUUGGCAUUUCCAGGAGUGUUUUUUUUUCACUGUGUGCUAAGUCACUUAUAUCUAGUAGGAACAGAGGAACAGGAGUGGACCACACCAUCCCUCAGACCUGUUCCACCAUUCAACUAGAUCAAUAACAACUUGCAUUUAUAUAUUUCCUAUAGUAGUAAAACACCCUAAGGUGCAAAUCAGGGUUGAUCUGUACCUCAGCUCCAUUGAAGUGCCUUUGUUACAUAUCUCUUAAUGCCCUUCCCCAACAAAACCAAUCUCACUCAGUCCUGAAGACUUCCAUGGCCUUUUUAGGGGAACAAAUUCCAAAUUUCCACUUUCCUCUGUGUGGGAAGGCUGAAUGUAGAGUAAAGGGUUAACAUCAGAAGCCUACAUGAUGGUGAUGUAAUAAUAAUGUCAGAUCACAAGACUGAGAAGUAAGCGAGAUCUAGAAGGAGAAGCUCCAACCUUGUAUAGAGAUCCAAAUGUGUAAAUGCUUGCUAUAAAUAAAGAGUAAUGAUUUUGAGAAA